UAUUUUCUCAUAAAACUUGUCAUCUUGUUUUGGGCAUUCAGUUUCCUCCUUUCUGCUGGUGUUUAUUUUCUUUUGUAGCUAAGAGGCUGAGAUUCCUGUCAUUUUGGCGACCUUUUAGGGCUUCCACGCGCCUUCUUAGCAUCUUCUGUCGUUGGGGAGCAUUUUGAACUUCGGAUCUGCUAGAGUGGUGUAAGUUUAAGCUAGUACGGGUCAGGGGCGAGCAAUUCGCUUUGUGUUUUGAGAUGUUUGAUCAGUUGUUGGAGUUUGUGCAGUUUUAUUGUUUCACUAAUUUGGCUGGAAGUUAGGGUGGAUUCAUCUUUUAAGCUACUUCAAGUACGGUGGAUUCGUUUUGAUUUGGUCGACGCGGAGUGCGGAGUUGGGUGGCUCGAAAAAUUUGGGGUGAAUUAUUUCGUAUCGCAGUUUUGGAGCUGGAUUUGGGGCCCAUUGCCUUUUUGAGGGUUUAGGGUGAGAAUGCGGAGCUUCUUCAUAAUCAGCCGUUACUUUUAGAAGUUGGAAUGAUGUUUUAUGUUGGCAUUUUUAAAGUUUAGAGCGCUACAGCCUCUGGAGUUAAGGUUCCGGCUUUUAUUGGCAGCUUUUUUUUUAUCAAUUCGUGCUUUAUGGUAUUUGAACAAUGUCUGGUCGAGCUUGGGUUGUUUAACAGUUGCAGGAGGUUUUUGGGGCUUAGGCCUGCAUAUUUGGAGGAGUUACAUAUUUCGUCCUCCUAGUUUGGUGGACGAUGGAGAUGUCAUGAGUGUGACCUGUUUCAGGACUUUGAUUUAUGGUGGUUAAGAAGUUUUUGUUGCAAGUUGUUUGCAUUUCAGCGCUACUAUGUUCAUUAGAGGUUUGUGAUAUUAAUGCUUUAAGAGGUAUCAUAAGCCGGCAACACCUCCAGGUGGGCUGGCUGUGCUGAAUGAAGAUGAUCGACCAAUUUAUUAACUUUGUUGUCCGGCCUCCGAGGGCGGACUACAAUCCAGACCAUUAUCUGUGGGAACCCGAAUUCACUCUUGCCGGAAGAAAAUACAAACGCCAAGAUUUGGAGCUCACGAACAGAAGGGGUCAUGUAUUGAAGUGCAGCCAAUAUGUUCCAGCAUCUCUACCGGAAAAUACUGCUCUACCCUGUGUGAUUUACUGCCAUGGAAAUAGUGGAUGCAGGGCUGAUGCAAAUGAGGCCGUUGUCAUUCUUCUUCCAUCCAAUAUUACCGUCUUCACCCUUGAUUUUUCCGGCUCAGGGCUUUCUGGUGGUGAUUAUGUCAGCCUCGGUUGGCAUGAGAAAGAUGAUCUUAAAACAGUGGUCUCUUUUCUUCGGGAGAACAAACAAAUUUCCUGCAUAGGAUUAUGGGGAAGAUCCAUGGGUGCUGUCACAAGCUUAUUAUAUGGAGCAGAGGACCCAUCAAUUGCUGGCAUGGUGUUGGAUAGUGCUUUCUCAAACUUGUAUAAUCUCAUGAUGGAGCUCGUUGAUGUUUACAAAAUCAAACUUCCUAAAUUCACGGUCAAAAUGGCUGUUCAAUAUAUGCGGCGAGUAAUCCAGAGAAAGGCAAAAUUUGACAUCAGGGAUCUUAAUGUUGUACAGUACGCACCAAAAACCUAUAUUCCAGCAUUAUUUGGACAUGCUUCAGAAGACAUUUUUAUUAAGCCCCAUCACACUGAUCUCAUUUACCAGUCAUAUGCGGGUGAUAGGAACAUGAUCAAAUUUGAUGGUGAUCACAACUCCCCGAGGCCGCAGUUCUAUUACGAUUCUGUUUCAAUUUUUUUCUACAAUGUUCUUCACCCCCCUGCUGAGUUCCCAAGCAACUUAGAAAAGUAUUAUGAUUUGGGAGAUCUUCCUGUUGAAGCCAAUUCAGAUGAGAGUGUAUUAUAUGAGAUCCUUACAGGGUUUCGGGCUUCUUGUAACGAAUCAGCAAGCUCUUCAUCUGCAGCACCUGCUCGUCCAAAAGGCCCACAUUCCAAAUCUGUUGUCGAACUGCUUUCAGAAAGUGUGUCCCAGAUUUCUAUGAUUGAUGAUGAUGUGGAUUUUCUCCUUGAGCAAAGCAGCACUGUUGCUGAGAUAGAUGGAAAUAAUGCAUAUGAAACCCAUUUGCAGGGUAAACAAAAUGGGGAGGAUGAGGAAUCUCACUCGUGCUCAAGUUCAAAUAGGCAAAGCUUUGGAAGAUGCUCUUCUCUAGGUGGAGUCAGUGUAGGUUCAUCCUCCGGUGAAUGUCCUGAAAAUCCCAGCCGCAGACAUCAGAUUAUGCUGAAAGCGCUCGCUACGCCUCUCAGAAAAAUCCAACGGAAGUCACCCAAACCUAGGAAGAAAAAGAGCAAGAAUGAUGCGUCGGGAUUGAAGAAACCAAAGCGCUGGGGAAAGUUCGACAAGGCCGAAGCAUUAUUUAGUCAGCGCUUGCGCCUCUGCCUUCUUGGCCGGUUGAAUCACAAGCGUAAUCGUUCAACUUGAUAAUGUUGAAAAAGAACAAAGAUAUUAAUUAGUCACAAGAGUUUAUGAUCAGUUUUCACUCAUGUUAAUCUUCAAUCCCUGAUAAGAUUUUUAUUUUCUGGUUGAAAUCAGUAAUUUGUUUCCAUUUUGAAGUCUUAUAAUGAAGGGAUUGCUAACCACCCAGAAGAUGUUCAGAUCAAUGUGAGUUUCAUGUAGCAGAUAGUGAUUAUUUGAAUCACUAGGGCUUGGGAUUAGUUUCAGUUAGCUUCUGUAGGCCUAAGCAGUGAAGACUUUGAAGACUAAUAUGGCCUUUCUUUUUGUUAAUUAAGAGCUGGUCUAACUGCAGGAAAAUCAGAUGAAACUGUAACUUGUAUUUUAUUUAUUUAUUGUUAUUUUGGAAUGAUAUCUUCUUUGUCAUGGAAUUGUAAGAAUUUAUUUCAAGUCCUUUGAUUGUCAUUUUUUA